AUGACACUCCAGAUCCCCCUCACAUUCAGUGCGGCCCAGCUCAAACGAAUCGCCCUAAAAUGCGGCAUCUCAAGCUCCGGGACGAAAGCCGUCCUCGCCGCCAGAAUCAGCCAUGAACUCCUCAAAACCGAAGAGCAGAGGCAAUCUGACCGCCCGCGAUUGAAAGGGAAUCCAUUACGCGUUCUUAGCAUCGACAUGGGAAUUCGGAAUCUGGCAUACUGUGUAUUGGAUAUUCCGAGACGAAGACGCGAAACGAGCGCGAAGUACCCUAUUUUGAAUGAAUGGCAUCGAGUUGCUGUUUCGACGCCGCCGCCAACCGAAGCAGAACCUCUGGGCGAGGAUGAUCUACCGGAGUCAGCAGAGAGGAUCGUUACCAAGGAGGCGGAAAAGGAAUCCUUUACCCCGGAUACAUUAUCGCUUGCGGCUUACAAACUCUUGCGACAUCGACUUCUCUUUUUGAAACCGUCUUACAUUCUCAUCGAACGUCAACGAUUCCGUAGCAUGGGACAUGGCAGCGUCCUCGAGUGGACAAUUCGGGUCAACAUGUUGGAGGCGAUUUUGCACGGUGUCCUGUGUACACUAAAAGAAGAAGGGCUCUGGACAGGAUCCGUUAUUUCUGUCACACCAGGCAGGAGUGGCGCAUAUUAUCAAGGUGAAAGCGCAGAAGGGGAUGAAUCAGUAGCGCCUAGAAAGGAAAGGACAACGAAGACCGCGAAGCUGCUGAACAAAGGCUUCAAAAUUGACUUGGUAAAAAGCUGGCUGGGAGAAAAACGUAAUAUAACGUUGGGGGGGAAACAGGCAGAAACGGUUGCGAAAGCUUUCCUGGACAAAUGGAAUCGAUCACCGGGACGUGGUACGGUUAUCAGAAUUGGUGAGGGAGAAAAGAUGGGAAAGCUGGAUGACCUAGCAGAUUGUCUUGUGCAAGGCAUGGCUUGGAUAGAAUGGGAGAAGAACAAAAGGACAGCAUUGAAACAUGGCGUAGAAGCGCUUUUAGCUCCGCCUUCGGGAGCGAUUCUAGUGAGGGAUAGAACAGAAAAAUCGUCUGUUCGUCUUCGAGCUGUUACGAUACCAUAA